GGCCGCUCACCUGCCCGCCUUCACUGAGCACCAAUGGGACAUUUCCAGCAGCGACCGUGCCCUGCCUGCCCGGCCGCCUGACUGCCAUUCACCUCUACAGAAUCCAGAGGUGGCAGUGACCAAAGAAGACACUCUCUGGGCCGAAGUUCUAGUGAAUGGAGGGAAGGAAGAAGGCAAUUUCCUAAUUGGUACCAUAUACAUCAGAUGGAUGGUUUCUAGCCUGCUUCCAAACCCCACCUCGGCCGAGUGCUGGGCAGCACUUCUACAUGAUCCUAUGACGCUUGAUAUGGACGCAGUCCUGUCAGACUUUGUUCGGUCCACGGGAGCAGAACCUGGUCUGGCUAGAGAUCUGCUGGAAGGUAAAAACUGGGACCUGACAGCUGCACUAAGCGACUAUGAGCAACUCCGACAAGUACACACAGCCAACCUGCCACAUGUGUUCAACGAAGGGAGGUGUGCCAAGCAGCCCGAGCGAGAGCCAGCCCAGCCUGCGCACAAGGUGGAGAGGCCCUGCCUGCAGAGGCAAGACGACAUCGCCCAAGAGAAGCGCCUUUCCCGGGGUAUUUCCCACGCCAGCUCAGCUAUCGUCUCCCUGGCCCGGUCCCACGUGGCGAACGAGUGCAACAAUGAGCAGUUCCCCUUGGAGAUGCCAAUCUACACCUUCCAGUUGCCCGACCUGAGCGUGUACAGCGAAGAUUUCAGGAGCUUCAUCGAGCGGGACCUGAUCGAGCAGGCGACCAUGGUAGCUUUGGAGCAGGCAGGUGAGUGGCUCAACCACAGGCUCACCUUCCGCAGACUCCAUGGAGACAGAGGGAUGUGGGGUUUUCAUGACCGGGACCUGGUUUUGCGGAAAGCUCUGUACACCAUGAUGAGGACGGGCGCUGAGCGGGAAGCCCUGAAGCGGAGGUGGCGAUGGCAGCAGACGCAGCAGAACAAGGAGUCAGGGCUGGUGUACACGGAAGAGGAGUGGGAGCGAGAGUGGACUGAGCUACUAAAGCUGGCAUCCAGCGAGCCACGGACGCACUUCAGCAAGAACGGAGGCUCUGGAGGGGGUGUGGACAACUCUGAGGAUCCCGUGUACGAGAGCCUGGAGGAGUUCCACGUGUUCGUCUUAGCCCACAUACUAAGACGUCCCAUAGUCGUGGUAGCAGACACAAUGCUGAGGGACUCAGGAGGAGAAGCAUUUGCACCCAUCCCAUUCGGAGGGAUCUACCUGCCCUUGGAGGUGCCCCCAAACCGAUGCCACUGCUCCCCUCUGGUCCUGGCCUACGAUCAAGCACAUUUCUCAGCCCUCGUGUCCAUGGAGCAGAGAGACCAGCAACGAGAACAAGCCGUGAUCCCCCUGACGGACUCGGAACACAAGCUGCUACCGCUGCACUUCGCUGUGGACCCGGGGAAGGACUGGGAGUGGGGGAAAGACGACAACGACAACGCCAGGCUGGCGCACGAGCCGGACCCUUGGCCAGGCCAAAUGGAGAGUUCUCAGCAGCCCACCCUGGCGAGGCUCCCGCCGGGCCCCAGGGAGCACCGCUACCCUCCACCCCCUCCCCAGGCCUCCUCCCCGCAAACUGUCCUCCUGCGCUCCUUCGAGGUGUCUGACAAGCCGGGCUGGCGGCCUGACCCUCGGGCCCAGCCGCGCCGCGGUGGGGAGGAAGGCAUCUCGGCCCGCGAGGGGCGUUCCCCCUUUGCCCUUCCUCCCCUCCUCCCCCAGGCUCCCCUGGCCCAGCCGGAGUCCCCGACGGCGUCGGCGGGGGAGGACGUGCAGUCCCUGGCCGACUCGCUGGACUCGGAUCGCGACUCGGUGUGCAGCAACUCCAACAGCAAUAACGGCAAGAACGGGAAGGACAAGGAAAAGGAGAAACAGCGCAAGGACAAGGACAAGACCCGCGCGGACUCCGUGGCCAACAAGCUGGGCAGUUUCAGCAAGACGCUGGGCAUCAAGCUCAAGAAGAACAUGGGCGGCCUGGGCGGCCUGGUGCACGGCAAGAUGGGCCGCGCCAACUCGGCCAACGGCAAGAACGGCGACGCGGCGGAGCGCGCCAAGGAGAAGAAGAGCAAGUCGCGCAAAGGCAGCAAGGAGGAGUCGGGCGCGUCGGCGAGCACGUCGCCGUCGGAGAAGACCACGCCGUCGCCCACGGACAAGGCGGCGGGCGCGUCGCCGGCCGACAAGGGCGGCGGGCCGCGGGGCGACGCGUGGAAGUACAGCACGGACGUGAAGCUCAGCCUCAACAUCCUCCGCGCCGCCAUGCAGGGCGAGCGCAAGUUCAUCUUCGCCGGGCUGCUGCUCACCAGCCACCGGCACCAGUUCCACGAGGAGAUGAUCGGCUACUACCUAACCAGCGCGCAAGAGCGCUUCAGCGCCGAGCAGGAGCAGCGGCGCCGCGACGCCGCCACGGCGGCCCGGCGGUGCCAGCGCGAGAACUGCGCGUUCUACGGGCGCGCGGAGACCGAGCACUACUGCUCCUACUGCUACCGCGAGGAGCUGCGGCGCCGGCGCGAGACGCGCGGGGCCCGGCCCUGA